ACACCACAAUAAACGCCGUAAUCACAACGUAGUGAUAAUUUAGGAGUCUGUAUUCUUUCCCCUUGUAGUUCAGCCAAUUAAUUCCAAUUCCUCUUUCAGCUUGGAUGCUGUUUGUCUCUUUUCAGAUAAUCUUCCCGGAGAUGGAAAUCAGGCUGUUGUUUUGACAGGCUCAAACAUUAUGUCUCCCGUGGCCCCUUCCAUAAAUUCAUUUACGGCAGAAUUUCCCAGAAAGCGAAAAGGGAGUGACUCCGAUACUCAAUAUACCUGUGACACUGAGGGCGAUGAUCUCCAGAGCAGGGAGGCUCACAGCCAAACAGAGAAAAGGAGAAGAGACAAAAUGAACAACCUGAUUGAAGAAUUGUCGGCUAUGAUACCUCAAUGCAAUCCGGUGGCUCGUAAACUGGAUAAACUCACUGUCUUAAGAAUGGCUGUGCAGCAUUUAAAGUCGAUGAAAGGUUCCACCAGUUCUUACUCAGAAGUGAGGUAUAAGCCUUCGUUUUUACAGGACGAUGAACUUCAACAACUCAUCCUUAAGGUCGCCGAUGGUUUCCUAUUCGUGGUUGGAUGCGACCGGGGGAAAAUCCUGUUUGUUUCCGAAUCCGUUUCCAAGAUACUCAAUUAUGAGCC